AUGAAUUUGACCAUUGCUGUCGAUGAUACUGACCAGAUUAUCACUGCAGACCUACCCGACGAUUUGGGGCUGGCAGAUUUCCAAGCGUAUCUCAAGUCCGAAACAAAUAUCCCCGAGAACCAACAAGUGCUUGUUUUCGACGGCAAGCAGGUAGAUCUUGGAAAAGCGGGCACUCUGAAGGAUCUCGGUCUCAAGGAUGACGAUCUGUUGGUCUUGAAGAAGAACCAACCACAGACUCAGAGUUACUUAGACUCGCAGCUCGAAACGGUUCGUCAACAGUAUCUGUCGAAUCCUCAGAUCCAGAGCACGUUGGACCCUGAAACAAGAGCCGCCUUGAACGAUCCCGCCAGAUUCAGAGAACUCGCACUGAAAAUGGUGGAGAACCAACGUCAAUUGCAAGCAGACCACCAAAAAGAACUCAGCCAGCUGUAUAGUAAUCCCGACGAUCCAGAGAACCAGAAAAAAAUCAUGGAACUUAUCAACCAGGAAGCGAUCGAAGAAAACAUGCGCACAGCCAUGGAAAUCUCGCCAGAAUCGUUCACCAGCGUUCACAUGUUGUACAUCAACUGCGAAGUGAACGGCACCCCGGUGAAGGCUUUUGUUGAUUCCGGUGCUCAAACAACAAUUAUUUCUCCAUCUUUGGCAGAGAAAACAGGACUCACCAGACUGAUCGAUAAAAGAUUUAUUGGAGAGGCCAGGGGUGUGGGGUCGACCAAAAUCCUUGGAAGAGUGCAUUCUGCUCCGUUGAAGAUCGAGUCAGGAUACUUUCCCUGCACCUUCACGGUUAUCGACACGCACGUUGAGAUGUUGCUUGGAUUAGACAUGUUGAGGAGAUAUCAAGCCAACAUUGAUUUGAAACGCAACCAGCUAGUGAUUGACGGCAUUGCUACGACGUUCUUACCUGAGCACGAGUGUCCUAACAUGAUGCAACAGGUUUCUCCUUCGCAGCUUGGAGGCAACAUUUUCAGCUUGAAUGACGCACCUAGUGGAGCAGGUGCUUCUAGUGCACCAAGCAGAGCUGGUCCUGUGAAGAAACCCAAGGUGGAGGCUCCAAAAAAGACUGCAGACGCGGCGAAAGUGGAGCAGCUGGUUGCGAUGGGAUUCGACCGCAAACAAGCGGAACUGGCGUUGCAACAAACCAACAAUAAUUUGGAAUUAGCUGCCGGGAUGUUAUUUGACUAG